UGGGAAGGGGGCGGACGAGGAUUGGCUGGGAGGAACCCAGCUCUCCGGCUGCUGGGUGGACGGAAGCCGGAGGGGGGCGCUACUCUCACUUCGCGCUCGGACGCGUAGACCUGCGCACCGAGCGAGCGUCGCGGAGGCCAAGUCCCCGGCCGUCCCGGCCGGUUAGCCCAGGGAGCACCUUGCGAGGUAAGGCGCAGGACUGGCCAGCUCAUGGAGCGCGCCCGCCCUCGCUCCCUAUUCGGUCUCGGCCUCAGAGCCCACAAGAAAAUUUUCUUUCCAGCCCGGGGUGGCGACGAGGAGCCAAGCGUAAAAGCGGCGCCUAGGGUUUGCUUGUUUGUCUGCGUGUGUGUGUUCGUAACAGAUGUCUACUACUUGUAAUAGGCAGCCUGGUAAAAUGAGUCUGUGGAAACGGUUGCUAGGCUCAGUUAACUGCCGCCUCCGGAAGUUUUCAGCCGCUUGUGUAACAAUGGGGCUACCGGACCAAUGCGGUGCCCCUUCCGGUUUUGUCCCUUUUCUCCGAGCUCAUUACCACCAAGGUUGCCUUUGACCCCGGAAGUGAGAUCCUCCGGGUUCCUCCCUCCCUCAAGAUGGCAGCAGCCGAAGAUGAGUUACUGCUACCGCGGCUCCCCGAACUGUUCGAAACCAGCAAGCAGCUCCUGGAUGAGGUGGAAGUAGCGACUGAACCCACUGGCUCCCGCAUAAUCCAAGAUAAAGUGGUCAAGGGACUAGACCUCCUGAAGAAGGCUGCCGAAAUGUUAUCGCAGCUCGACCUGUUCAGCCGAAAUGAAGAUUUGGAAGAGAUUGCUUCCACCGACCUGAAGUACCUGAUGGUGCCAGCAUUUCAAGGAGCGUUCGCCUUGAAACAAGUCAACCUCAGCAAACGUCUAGAACACUUGCAGUGGGCUCGAGAACACUUUUCAAACUAUUUAACUCAGUGCCAAUACUAUCAUGUGGCAGAGUUUGAGCUGCCCAAAACCAAGACCAACUCAGCAGAAAAUAACACUGCUAAUUCCUCCGUGGCCUAUCCUAGCCUCGUUGCUAUGGCAUCUCAGAGACAGGCUAAGAUAGAGAGAUACAAGCAGAAGAAGGAGGUGGAACAUAGGUUGUCAGCACUGAAAUCUGCUGUGGAAAGUGGUCAAGCAGAUGAUGAACGUGUUCGUGAAUAUUACCUCCUUCAUCUUCGAAGGUGGAUUGGGAUCAGCUUGGAAGAGAUUGAGAGCAUUGACCAGGAGAUAAUGAUCCUGAGAGAAAAAGACUCUUCAAAAGAGGCAUCAACUUCUCACUCAUCUCGUCAGGAUAAGCCUCCAAUGAAACCGUUUGUUCUUACUCGGAACAUGGCCCAAGCCAAAGUGUUUGGAGCUGGUUAUCCAAGUCUGGCAUCUAUGACGGUAAAUGAUUGGUAUGAUCAGCAUCGGAAACUUGGAGCACUACCAGAUCAAGGAAUAGCCAAGACUACAACAGAGUUCAAAAGGGCAGCUCAGCAACAAGAAGAUCAGGAAGAAGAGGAGGAAGAGGAAGAUGAACAAGCACUCCACAGAGCUCGGGAGUGGGAUGACUGGAAGGACACCCAUCCUAGGGGCUAUGGCAACCGACAGAACAUGGGUUAGUCUCCCCACAAAAACACAAGUCAGGACUACGGGGUGCCCAUUUUCCCUGCCAAGGAAAGCUGUGCAGUCUUCCCCUCCCUGGGCUUCUGCUUCAGCCAUGUGCAACAAAGGCAGAGACGCUUGAUCUUGCUUUGCAUUCAAUAAAGUGUCAAACAGUUAAGUGUGUAUUUUUACCCUAGAUGAUGAGCCAGUGAUCUUGUUUUGGCGUUAUCAUCCUCAUCAUGGUAUAUUACAAUUUUCUUAAGUGGAAAGAAAUUAAUACUGAUAAAUAGCUCUGUAUAAUCAAUGGCUGUAUGAAUUCUCUCUAAAAAAUAAUAAAGGUCCCUUCUAUCACAUGAGCCUGUGCAGAAA